AUGCGCGGUGAACGUCUACCGGACGGCGGCUGCGCGUGCCAGCCGUACUUCUUCGGCUCGAUCUGCCAGUACACGAGUCGCUGCGAUCAGGGCCAUAUUAGGCACGGCAGGUGGGUCGCUGUUUUUCUUCCGCCGGAUGGAGAUGCAUAUUUAGGUGUAUCUGCCAAAAAGGAUUGGGGCGGUGACUAUUGUCAUCUGAUCGUCUGUCAUUACGGGUAUCCAGACGUCAUGAACCGAUCGCGGUCCUGCAUCUGCCCGCCCAAGUACAAGGGCGCCCACUGCGACCAAUGCGCCCAGGUGGGACCAAAAAUUGGCGUCUACCCGAAGUGCGCCGUCAGCCUGAUUCCCCGCCAUGCGAUGGCUCGGAAAAAGACCAAAUCACAGAUCCGCUCCCACCUCGUCAUCAUCCUGGGCGCGUGCGGGUUCCUGGCCGUCCUCGCGCUGGCCAUGGCCUACGUGCACUACCGCCGGAAAAAGGCCAAAAACCCAGAAAUUGAACUGGCUCGCCAGCAAGAACUCAACGAGCGCGCGGCAAUGCUCACCGAGCAGGCCAUGCGCAGGUACUGGCUCUCAGUUUUCAUACUUUUGGCGCUGGACUCGCUCUUCCGGGACCGCAACGAAAGCGCUCUCUGCUUGGGACUUUCCAACUCAGAAGAGACUUCCCCAGCGAACGGCGCUCUUCCGGGGAGCGACGCCGCUCGUUGCCCUAUCCAUUCGCUACAAGGCCCCGCCGGGCAACGGCUGAUGAUUAGGGAACGAUACCUUAAAGGAUUCCCGGGCGGGCAGAAGUAUCAAACUAAGCGCCAUCACAAU